AUGAUCAAAAUUUGUGGUUAUUGUAUGUCUAAUUUGCAGAAACUGAGAAAGUAUGCUCCUCCUAAAAAAUUAGAUGCAAAAACCCUAAGACCCUAUCAGCAUCCAACUAACCCUUUGACUAAAAAAAUUGACAUUCUCUCCCCAACAAAACCCGAGCGAUUUCUAUUAGAAGAUUAUGAAACACCAUCCACUCUGUAUACCAUCAAUGAACAAGCCAUAAAAACUUCUGAUUUGGGAACAAAAGUCUCAAAUAAAAUAUUAUUGAAACCAUUAGCUCAAAAACCAUCUGUUGCCAUUGAAGAAUAGAAAUUCUUAGCUGUUUCAAUUAUUGGACCUCCAAAUUCAGGGAAAUCCACCUUUUUAAAUCAGUUAAUAGGUGAACCAAUAAGCGCUGUAUCAAACAAGAGUAAUACCACAGUCUCAGAAAUCAGAGGAGUGCAUACAGAUCUCAAAAGUGGUGUUUAAAUAGAGCUUGUUGAUACUCCAGGAGUGACCAAGCGCUACAAAUUUUCAAAGCAUUUUGUAACAAAGGCUUGGGAUGCCAUUGAAGACACUAAUAUGGUGAUCAUUUUAAUUGAUGCUAUAAAGACCUUGGAUAUUAGCAUGAAGAAUGUCAUGUCAAGAUUAAAUAAGAUCAAAGUAGAUUAAGAGCAAUUAAGAAGUUACUUCAGAAAUGAGGAUGAUUUCAGAUUGUCAGAAGAUAAACCAAUUCCUAAAAUACUUGUUUUCAAUAAGAUGGAUUUAUGUUUUAACAAGAAGAAAUUGAAGUGGUUAUAAACUGAGAUGGAAGAUCUAGGAAAAUAUGAUUAGACAUUUUACAUAUCCUCUUUAACAGGAUAUGGAAUGGAGGAAUUGAAAUAAUAUUUAUAUUCCCAAAGUUUUUAAUGUAGAUGGAAAUAUAAUGAAAAUCAGAAGCAUCUAUUUACACCUAUGGAUUAAUUAGAAUAAAUAGUCAGAUAAGCAAUAUUUAAGAGAUUCUAUAAUGAAAUUCCAUUCAUUAUUGGAAUUUAUGUGAAAGAAUUUAGAGUCACAAACAAAGAAUCUGCUAAAAUUGAAGUAUAAAUUAAUGUUUAAACUUCAUCAUAAGCAAGGAUUGUUAUUGGAGAAGAUGGUAGGGCUAUUAAAUAAGUGAAAAAUGAGAUUGAAAUAGUUAUGGCAGAAAUCUAUAAGAGAUUAUUCCAGGUCAAAUUACAAGUAACAAUUAAAUAGGGUGAUAAAUAAAUAGAAUUUGAUGCAGAAAAAGAAGAUAGGACUGAACAUGCAUAAUUAGAUGAGACUUUAUGGAGAAAAGAGGAAAGAGAAAGAAGGCAACUUCUAAAUGUUAAAUUUUCAAAAUUUUUAUAAGAUUGA